AUGGCUUCGCUUCGCUCGCUCUCUCGCGUCGGCCUGUCGGCCAAGCCUACCAUGGCGCUCGCCCGCUCGUUCCAGACAUCGACCAUCAAGUCUGUACCCAAGGUGGCUGCUGCUAGCGCUGUCACUGCUGGUCCGUCCAAGCCUUCCGCUUCGCGCAGCAUCUCCUCCUCCGCACCCGCCAAGGAUGCCUCUCCGGAUGGACCUCUGCCUCUCAUGCCCGUCGCCAACCGUGGCUCGAACCAGCUUUCAUUGGAGACCCCCAAGAACGGCGUCGAAUACGUCCUCUCGUCGAUGGACAAGAUGGCCAACUGGGCACGUCAGUCGAGUUUCUGGCCCAUGACCUUCGGUCUCGCCUGCUGCGCCGUCGAGAUGAUGCAUGUCGCCACCGCGCGAUACGAUCAGGAUCGUCUGGGUGUUGUGUUCCGUGCCUCGCCGCGUCAAUCGGACUGCAUGAUCGUCGCCGGUACGCUCACCAACAAGAUGGCACCCGCACUCAGGAAGGUGUACGACCAGAUGCCCGAACCCAGGUGGGUGAUCAGCAUGGGUUCUUGCGCCAACGGCGGUGGAUACUACCAUUACUCGUACUCGGUCGUCAGGGGGUGCGACAGGAUCGUGCCCGUCGAUCUGUAUGUGCCCGGUUGCCCACCGACUGCCGAGGCGCUGCUGUAUGGCUUCUUGCAGCUCCACAGGAAGAUCAGGAGGAACAGGAAGACCACGCUCUGGUACCGAAAGUAG